UAAGAUGCUGUCAAGGUUUGUCAUCGCUUUCCUCCCAUGAUUAGCACAUGAUUAUUAUUCCUUGGGGAUAUAGAGGAACAGCAUACAAGCUGCGCGGAUACUUGACAGAUACUUGGCCUUUAACACAGUAUAAAAAAUAAGUCUUCAAGCUAAGUAAAGGUUAAAUAGAUAGAGCGCCGCAAGCCUAGAGCAGCUGGGAAGGAGGGGGAUAGGGAGGAGGUGGGUGAGAGGGGCGGGGACAUGCAAAUAGGGAACUCCCUUCCUGUUCUGUCAUUGGGCGGAGCGCCAAAAGGGGGGCUUUGAGGAGCUUUAAUAGAAGCAGCCGCUGGAAGAGCAGAAUUUGGGGGAGGCUGGUGCAGAAGAGCGCAAAGGAGAGAGCCGGCUGAUGGUGACUGAAAUCAUCCCUCAGAGUUUUGCCUCAUAGAAGAGCAUCAUGCAGAGAAAUCCAGAAGGCGCUGUCAUUGUGGGCCGGAACCCCUUGCAGUACUCUAUUCACAAUAAGACUGAAGACGAGGACUCCUGCAGCAGGAGUGAACUGCAGAUGUUCAAUGCUGAGUAUUCCGCAGAACUGGACCCCCUCGAUGCAUUCAGAAGAGGUGGCGAGAGUCUUUCGCCUUGCCUCGAAGAGGACGUGCUCUUUCAUUAUCAGCAGAAACCAGAGACUCAACAGACAAGCUGCCUUCUGGAGGCAGCAGGGAUGUCUGGCUCUUACUGGGGAAGAUUUCGGGACCUCAGCAAAACAGCCAGCCAGCAGAUAGUGGCCCCGGGUGAGACUGAAGAGGAAGGGAUCGAGUGUCCCGCCGAAGGGAACUGGCGGCCAGAUUUUGUGAUCGGCAGGAGAAGCCCUCAGAAACCGGACAAGCCAUAUCGGUGCUCCGAGUGUGGCAAAAGCUUCAGCGUGAGCUCCGACAUCAUCCGACACCAGAGGAUCCACACGGGAGAGAAGCCGUACAAGUGCUCGACCUGCGGGAAAGGGUUCAACCAGAACUCCCACCUCACUGCCCACCAGAGAACGCACACUGGGGAAAAACCGUACGGGUGCUGGGAGUGUGGGAAAAGCUUCAGCUUGAGCUCCGACUUCACAAGGCACCAGAGGAUCCACACGGGGGCAAAGCCCUACAAGUGUUCAGAGUGCGGGAAGGCCUUCAUUCAAAAAUCGCACUAUAUUACCCACAGGAGAAACCACACCGGGGAAAAUCCGUAUAAAUGCUCCGAGUGUGGGAGAGGAUUCACCUCCAGCACGCUCCUGAUCCGACACCAGAGGAUCCACACAGGCGAGAAGCCCUUCAAAUGCUUGUUUUGCGAGAAAAGGUUCUGCGCCAGCUCGAACCUGGUCACCCACAUGCGCACGCACACGGGGGAGAGGCCCUUCCAGUGCCUGGAAUGUGGGAAAAGCUUCAGCCAGAAAUCGACCCUGGUGGCGCACGAGCGGACCCACACGGGCGAGAAACCGUUCAAAUGCUGGUGCGACAAAAUGUUCAGCAAGAGCUCGGACCUCCUCGCUCACGAACGAACGCACACCGGAGAGAAACCAUACAUGUGCCAAAGUUGCGGCAAAAGCUUCCGCACAAGCUCCCAUCUUAUAAGGCACCAGCGGAUUCACACAGGGGAGAAGCCGUAUAAAUGUUCCCAGUGCGAAAGAAGCUUCAGCGCGAGUUCGCACCUCCUCAGACAUCAGAAAAUCCACUUGGGGGGAAACAGGCCCGACCAGGGAUGGCAUGGCAACCUCUGCUUCCUGCUCCGCCUCUGGGUACAAAGCGCACCCUAUCAGCUUCUGGCUUGGGCCAUCAAUGGCACCGCCUCUUCCCCUCCGCUUCCAAAGCACUUGGGUUUGCCUUGCUUUCAGGUGAUGGGAGAAUUAAACAGAGCACCAGCUGAGUCCCUUGGGGUAGAGAAGGUUCUACCAGACCACAGACAGAAGCCACCAUUCAGAUGGAUUGUUCAGGAGAGCGAUGGAGCUGCCACCUCCCUGGGUAGCAAAAUGAUCUUGGAACAGAGUUCAUGGCCUUCUUGGGGAGAAAGCAUGGAAAUGGUGGCUUUAGAGGGUCCGGUGACCUUUGAGGAGGUGGCCGUGGACUUCACCGAGGAGGAGUGGGCACUGCUGGAUCCUGACCAGAAGGCUUUGCACAGAGAGGUCAUGGCGGAGAAUUCUGCUAACCUGGCUUCAGUCGAAGCACUUUUGGGUCCCAAGCCUGAACCCAUUUCCUGGCUUGGAAGAAAAGGGGAUCAGUUCUUAAGGGAUUACAAAGACUGCAAGAACCCCACAGUGUACAAGUUGGAGAGAGAAGGUAAGCUGCAGAAAAUGCCAGGAAACCAAAAGCUAGGAGGACCGUCUUCUGACUGCAGCGGUACAGAGUUUUCUGAAACACCAGGGCAAGAGAAGUGUCAUCUAGGAAAUGAAACCUUCACAAGGAAGAAACCAUUUAGAUGCUCAGAGUGUGAAAAAGUUUUCAGUCAGUACAGCGCUCUUAUUGAUCACCAGAGGAUUCACACGGGAGAGAAACUAUAUAAAUACUUAGAUUGUCGGAGAAGCUUCAGCCAUAUCUGUGACUUUGUUACCCAUCAAAAAACACACAGCAGUGAGAAGCUGUUCAAAUUUCCCAAGUGUGGAAAAAGCUUCAACAGGAAAUGUGCCCUGAUGGAUCAUCAGAGGAUCCAUACUGGGGAGAAACCUUACAAAUGCUUGGAGUGUGGAAAGGUUUUUAGUCAAAGCAGUUGCUUCACUACCGAUCAAAAAUCCUGCACAGGGGGGAAACCAUUUCAGUGCUUGGAGUGCAGAGAAAGAUUUGGUCAGAGUUGGAGUCUUACUGAACAUCAGAGAAUCCCCACUGGAAAAAAACUAUUUAGAUGCCCAGAAUGUGGGAAAGGCUUCAAGUGGAACUGUGCCCUUAAAGUUCAUGAACGAAUCCAUACUGGAGAAAAACCCUAUCAAUGCUCAGAAUGCGGAAAGAGCUUCAGUUGGAGCGGUAGCUUUGAUUCUCAUCAAAAAACUCAUACCGAUGAAAGACCAUUUGAAUGUGUAGAGUGUGGAAAGACUUUUAGGCAGAACAGUAGCCUUCAUUGCCAUCAAAGAAUCCAUACCGGGGAGAAGCCCUUUCAGUGCUCAGAGUGUGGAAAGAGCUUCCGAAGCAGCAGUAGCGUUGCUCGCCACCAGAGAAUCCACAGAGGUGAGAAACCCUAUGAAUGCCUGGAAUGUGGGAAGCGCUUUACCCAGAAAGGUAGCCUCAUUUACCAUCAAAGAAUUCACACAAGGGAGAAACCCUUUGAAUGCUUAGCAUGUGGGGAGAGCUUCAGCGAAAGCAGCAGCCUGACAAAACACCAACGAAUCCACACUGGGGAGAAACCGUAUAAAUGCUCGGUGUGUGGGAAGAGCUUUGCUCACAACAGUAAACUCACCGAACAUCAAAGGAUCCACACCGGAGAGAAACCCUAUCAGUGCUCAGAGUGUGGGAAAAGUUUCACGCAAAGCAGUACCCUGACAGUCCACAAAAAGACUCACACGUUUAAGCCGUUUAAAUGCCUGGAGUGCGGAAAGAACUUCCGUUCUGGUGAAAAUUUGGCUUUUCACAUUGGAAUCCACGCAGCGGGAGCUAAGCAGUUACCAGAGAACUCCACGCCAUGUUAGGAGUAGUGGGCACAGUUGGGAUGUUGAGAAGGUAUCAUGGGGGCCAUCGCAACAGACGUGUGGUGAGGAGUCCACGUUGUCACACCACACCCAAUUCCCAGAAUGCCAGACUGAGGAGGCUGGAAAACCACUUGUCCAAGAAUGCUGUGUCGGGAACUGACCCCAAACACAGAAAACCAUUCCUCUGAAUCUACAGUUUUCCGAUGUAAAAGCUUACCUUUAUAAAACAAAGG